AAUCAGUAAAGUCGCGUACGACUCUAGACAUCCUUAAAUUAGAUAGGCAAAUAAGAUUUGCUAAAUUUUAGCCCAACAGAGAUUCAAGAGAGUGAGAGAGAGAGAAAGAAACCAAAAUCCAAACCAAAAGAAUACAUAUCUCUCAGCAAAUUGGGUACCCCAAAUAGCGUAGAGACAAAUAUUUCGAUUGCGCUCACGCCAAACUAUUGACGCCACAGUCAAAAUGAAGUGCAUGUCGGCCAACGUCGUCCAACUCUGGUAACAACGUAUUUUUACAACAAACCGCGCCGCGCAACCGCAAUUCGAAUUUGUGCUAUCGCACAAAUCGGUCGACAACGCUCGCGCACGUUACACACUGGCCCGCUCACUGGCUGACAAACUAGUCACAAUACGCCAAAAACGAAUUUCAGCUUGUGAUCGUUAAACAACAUAAAUACCGCAAUAGUACACAGUGCCCGUAAAUAAGGAAAGUAAAAGUGCUCUUCCUCAGGUGUUACAUACGACGUUGAAGUAUGGAGAUGGUUCGUAUUACGAAACAAUCAUAAGAAAAUCGUAAAUAAUAUACAUACAGGCAAAUACGUAAUAGGCUUAACAUUCAAAAUAGUAACGACUAACAGAAAUAUGAAAAUAACGGUAAAGUGAAUGAUUUAUUGAAUUGAUUAGCCACUGAAGUUCAUUAGUUACGAGCAAACUCCGUCCUUUCAUUUCCUGCCUAUUUUUGAAGCGGAUGCGAUCGAUCGACUUUGGUUUUUAUCAUAUGCAUAAAUAAAUUUAUAUACGUAUAACUGUAUGUAUUUAUGCCUACGCACUUGCUGAAUAUAAAAAAUAAAUAAAGUGUGAACGCGUUUAAGUGAAAUCCAACGAAUUAAUAGAUGUCAACCAACCAAUGAGUGCUAAUUUGAAUUUGACCCAAAUUGUACGAAAUUGAACUGAGUUAAUAUUAGCAUAGAAAUACGGCUAAAAGUUUAAGAAAAUAUAAUCAAAUAAAUAAAUCAUAAACCAAAGUGUAUAUCAAAAUCUGAACGAGCGUAAAAGAGGGUGCAGAUUUUUACUUUAAAUUAAUUUUUACUAGUGAAUACGAGUAACUCAACGACAUUUCAAGCACAAUGUAUCCCCCGCGAAUAUCACUCAAAUCCCAUAUUGGGUCAUAUUUCGUUCUUUUAUUGGCUAUUGCGAAAAUAGCUCAGAUUGAGGCGGCCAUCAGCAAUGGUGACCUACCAAAAUCUUCUAACUCAACCUUGGCUGCAAUGACUUCCAGUCAUAGCACCAUUAAUCUCCAUCGACCUGAACAGCUAACUCGAGAUAUGAAUACCAGCAGAGUGAUGUCGACACAGUGGAACCCUCAGAAUGCAGUACGCCUGAAGGAUGUGUUGAAUAUCUUUGAUAUAGCGCACGUUGCAGACCGUUGGAGCAGCAUCCAGCAGGCGAUUGGUGAUAAUUGCUCCCAGGAUUUAGACAUGUAUAUACGUGGCUUGAAUGCGGGCAAUAUCUGGGCGUUGAAAAUGGAUGAUGCUUCCGGUCAUUAUACAUCUGGCUUCUUCUAUGGGAAUAACUAUUGGUUAGGUUCGCUAUCGCUAUGUGAAUCAAUUUACCACGAGGAUGACGAUGACAGGUUAAAUGCAAGGAAUGCUAAAAACUCGGGCUUACCGUUUGCCAAAGCGCAUACGCAGAUCUAUACAACGGUCUAUAAUGAGAAUCCAACAUUUGUUCCGGGUUUCUUCGUUAUAAAACUAUUCGUGAAUGAAACGAUUCCGAUAUUUGUGACUAGAACCAUCUACGUUGGCGUUUGUUUACCUUCCAGCUGUUCUACCAAAGAAGUUAACACGUUAGCAGAAUUCACACAGCAGCCCACCGCAACGCGGAAUAUUAAAGUGUUGGAUGUGCGAAUGCCCAGCAACAAGAAGUUCAACCUAUACGACGACCGAACAUUUUGGAUUUUAAUUGUCAUCUCAUUUCUGGUUUCCAUACUCAUAAUUGCCGGUACUCUGUACGAAAUUUACUUAACACAUCGGUUGAAGGCAGCGAUCCGUCGCCAGGAUAAGGAGUUGAUGAAUAAUAGUGAGACCUCGUCGGGCAUUGGGUGUGCUUCAUCGGAUUACGGCGAUUCCAUGGCACAUGAAUCGCUUAAGAAGGAGUCCAUAAAGGAAUCGCUAAAUGAGUUAAAUAUCGUACUGAAUAUGCCGCAUGAAGUAAACGGUGGUCCAACUAGUAGCAACAACACUUCGGAUGAACAUCUGGAGGGGCAUCUUCACGAACCGGAAAAACUAAGCGUUUACUCCGAAUUACUACUCUCAUUCUCGGCCAUUACCAACUUCAAUGCCAUCUGCGAUAGGAAUGUCGGCGCCGAUACCAUUCCCUGCAUACACGGACUUCGUGCUUUUUCAAUGGCGUGGGUUAUACUCGGACAUACUUGCAUUGUAGUUUUCAAAUACUCAGACAAUAUGGAGAUGCGCAAAGAAGUUGAGAAGAACUUUUUCUUCCAAGCCAUCACCAAUGGGCCAUUCAGUGUGGACACAUUCUUCUUCAUCGGUGGUUUUUUGGUUUCAUAUUUGUAUUUCCGCACGAAUGCCAAGGGAAAAUUAAAUAAACUCACAAAAGGCACCAGCGAACUGGCGGCUGGUACUGCACACUUCCUCGGAUUGGUCGCCUAUCGUUUUAUGAGGUUGACAGCACCGUAUAUGUUUGUGCUUGGAGUGGUGCAGGUAACUAUGAAAUAUCUGGCUGCAUACUCGAUUUUCGAUCCACCGACGAUGGAUCAUGAAACGUGUCCAAAAUAUUGGUGGCGCAAUUUACUGUAUAUCAACACUUUGUUUCCAGUCGAUCAAAUGUGCAUGUUGUGGAGUUGGUAUCUGGCCAAUGACACACAAUUCUACAUUAUUGGCGCCAUCAUUCUGAUCGUUGGAGUACGACAUUUUAAACUCGCCGCAGGUACAACUCUAUGUUUCUUGGUAUCAUCUUGGAUCACCACGGCUAUAAUAGCAUUUACCAACAACCAUCGACCCGAUACUGAUGAUCCGCUGGCUCUAUUCGAUAAAAUAUAUGAUAAACCCUGGACUCGUUUGGGUCCUUAUCUCAUUGGUAUGGCUGUUGGCUGGAUAUUGUUCCGCACCAAUUGUAAAAUACGUUUGCCACGUCUCACGGUGGCCACUCUCUGGGCACUUGCUCUGCUCAACCUGUUUGUACUGGUCUUCGGGUUAUACCGCGCUGAAUUAUCACAAUUCAUGGCGGCAGCUUAUAGCUCCCUUAGUCACUCAGCCUGGGCGUUAUCUUUGGCAUGGAUUACGAUUGCGUGCUCCACAGGACAUGGCGGCUACAUCAAUUCAUUACUCUCAGCUUCUUGUCUAUACCCCUUUUCGCGUGUCACCUACUGCGCGUAUCUGGUGCAUCCCAUUGUCAUACGAUCAAUGGCGCUCAAUACCGACGCACCUCUUCACUUAGGCGGUGAUACCAUGGUUAUAUUUUUCUUCGGACUUGUCGUGGCCUCAUACCUGCUUUCGUUUGUUGUGUCGAUGUCAUUCGAAGCGCCUGUGGUCACAAUGCUGAAGAUCUUGUCUCCUAGUCGAAAGAAGCGUAUCGCUUAGUUGAACUGAUAUCAAAUAUACUUAGCGUAUACAUGUACAUAUGUAUCUAUUACUUGAUUCAUUCAUAGUUACUUGUUAAUAAUGUUACUUGAAGAUGAAACCAAUGUACAUACAUACUUACAUAAAUAGGUUUUAUCAUAGGUAUGUAGACUCAUUACCACAAAUAAUUACACGCAUGCUCAAACAUAUUCCUACAUUGUAUGGGUUUGAGUGGAACGUGAAAACUAAAAUGGAAUCUAUUUAUCUCUCAUUGCGAAAAUAAACGAAGUUUAAAUCAUUCAAUUAAAACUCGAUUAAAA